UAUUGUAAUAUUUUCUCAGAUUAAAGUCUAAGUAGCUUGACUACUAGAGUUACAAAUCUGGAAGAAGUAACUAUUUACCAUGGCAGAAACAAAUUUGAUGUUAACAUAUCCUGGUCAAUUAUGUGUAAAAGACUUAUCAUCAUUUACGUGACUGAUUUAACCUCUUAACCCAUUUGCAUCAUCGCCCUACUUAAGUUCCCGCAUCGAAACAUCAGCGACGUUCAACAAACGACUGACGCGUAUCACCACGCGCGGUCGGUCGUAUGUGCUGUAACGGGCAUCGCGGCUCGCGGAUUAUUCCGCGCUUGGUGAUAGCUGACAGUCGCGGCUCGCGGAUUAUUCCGCGCUUGGUGAUAGUCGACUGUCGCGACCCGCGGAUUAUUCCGCGCAUUGAUGCAAAUAGGUUAAGCACGAUGUGCAACUAUAGUGACUUUCGUAUCAUGUCAUCAUACCUAAUUGUAUUAUUAAUUAUUAAAGUGAAUUGUUAAUAUUAAAAUAUGUGCAAUAUAUUAUUAAGAAAAAUUGUAAUUUAAUUAACAAAUACUUCAUUCCAAUGUUCUCGCGUAGAGAACGGCAUUUUUCGUCAAACAUUGCAGUGCUGUAUCGUUUAUGCGUAGUUCGCGUCAGACUCUGCCAUCCAAAGAUAUAGUCCAGCGCAUAAUUUAGUUGUACUUAAAAGAUUAAAAAGCAUUAUCUGUAACGGCUGACAAUCGUAUUAUCCUCCAUAUUCAGAACGUAAACAAUAUAUAUAAUCUUGAUUAAUUCCAUAGUUUCGUCUUAUGUUAAAUCAACACCAAAGAAAAAAUAAUAGUCUAUAUAUAUUACUAGUAACAAUGAUUACAUUCGUAGGAUAUUUAUCUUUUCCAUAAAUCUGAUCAAUAUCAUAAUUAUAUAAGAUAUGAUGUUCCUUACGAUCUUCUUAAGCUCAAUUCUAUUACUAUUUGUUUUGCACUGCAAAAUAAAAUAUGGAAGAAUUGGAAGAAUACUUGACUGUCUUCCAGGACCAAAAGAAUAUCCCAUAAUUGGAAAUAUUCAUAAUCUAUACGAUGAAAAUUUCAUUCAAAAAGCUUGGGAACUAAAUAAUAAGUAUUUUCCAAUUUACAAAGUAUGGGUCUUUUCAUAUUAUGCAGUAAUUCUACUUCAUCCGGAUGAUAUUAAGGUUCUGAUGACGAGCACGGAAAAUAUUGAUAAAGAAUAUGUUUAUUACUUCUUGAGGCCUUGGUUAUCGUAUGGAUUGCUGACUAGUACAGGUAAGAAAUGGCAAAAAAGGCGGAAAAUGUUAACACCCGCAUUCCACUUUAAAAUUCUGGAACAUAGUGUUACGAUUUUCAACAAAGAAGCACACUGCCUAGUUGAAUCCCUUAAACAAGAAAGACAAGGAGACGCUAUUGCUAAAAAUUUACAAACAUUCAUUACGCAACAUACACUAAACAUAAUAUGUGAAACAGCUCUAGAUACCUCUUUAAAAGAAAGAAAAGAAAUUGAAUCUAAGUAUCGUGAUGCUGUUCACGCUUUCGGAAGAAUCGCGGCGUAUAGAUUCAUAAGACCUUGGUACUAUGUAAACUGUAUAUUUGGACUUUCUUCAGUUGGUCGACUUCACAAAAAAGUAUUGAACAUAUUACAUAGUUUUUCAAAAGACAUAAUUGCAGAAAGAAAACAAUUUCACGAAAAAACUAAUGGAAAGUAUUUAUACCAAUUUGAAGAAACGGAAAAUAUCGACACUUCCCUUCAAAACUUAGAAGAAACGAAUACAAAUUCAACACAAAAGAAAAGACUCUCUAUGCUUGAUCUACUCAUAGCCGCUUCUCUAAAUGGUAAUCAAAUUGAUGACGAAGGAAUUCGAGAGGAAGUAGAUACUUUUAUGUUUGAGUUUUAGAAUAUUCGAGAAGUUUCGAUACGACCACACAUCAGAUGAUAAUUUCAAUCGGUUCAACUUGACAACACGGCACACUCUUACGCAACAAAGAAGUUAUAUUAAGUUCCCUACUUUCUUUCCUCUUAUACAUAUUAUAAUAAUAUACUUUAACCUUAAAGAAAAUAAAUCUAACAAUCUCAACAGAUCAAAAUGGCGACUGUAACUUGUAGCCAAACGAAAUUAUUGAACCUACAAGAAAUAGAACAGUUAAUAGAGGAAUUGGCAAAGAAAGAAAGGUCUUUUAACGAGAAGAGAAAGACGUUAGAGGCAGAGAACAAACAACUUAACGAGAAGCUUAGACAAUUAACGGAGAAAUUAGAAAUGUUAGAAAAGCAGAAUUCACAAGUACUGAAGAUAAAGGAAGAAAGGGCCAAACUGGACAGAACUACCCCACCCGGUUUCCCCAAUUUCCACUAGAUCAUCCUCUCCCCUUCCUCAAUCCGAAAUUCACGAUUAUAAUCAAAACUCACUCAUCGAACCGAAUGAAAUAAUUGACCUGAUUCCUGAAUUCAACGGCCAUAACAUAUCUGUGUAAGAUUUUGCUCGCGCGUGCGAAGAUGCGGCUCGCACUCCUUACAAACAUUUCCGAUUGAGGUAAUAAUUAAAAGCUUUAAACUGAAACUAAUCGGGGAACGUAUACAGAUUAUUUUUCAGUGUAGAAUGUCCAAUCGUAGUCAUUCUUAUUAACAAUCAAAAAAACUUUCUCUUCCGAAAAGACUUUAAAUAACUAUCGAGGCGAAAGCAUAAUACAAUAUGCGUGUAGACGCUUUGAAAGACGAAUACCCAAACCCGGACAAAUUUUUAAUAGAGGAAGCUGAAGCAGACAUUUUAGAAAAUUUUAUCGAAGAAACGCGAUCAGAACUCCGACAUUACGCACCCCGCGAUUUAACUGACGCGAUUAUUAGGGCAGCGAGCAUUAAACAGAGACAGCGUACGAUGGAUUAUGAAAGGCAAAAUUAUCAAAAUUACCAAAAUCUAAAUCAACUUUGGUCCUAGAUACCCUGACCAAAACAUAUAAAAAAAACCGAUAAUACGAUCACUCUAUAAAAUACAGAAUACUGGUAACGAUUACAAUAGAAAUAAUAACCGAUAUCGGAAUGAUCGUUACGACGACAGGUACACUAGACACGAAAUGGACAGAGAAAAUAGAUACAAUAACGACUUAAGACCGAAUUUUUAUCAACAUAAUACCCGCCCCCCUCCCCAAACCAUAGAGAAAUCCAUACACUCGUUACCCCGAAAAUCGAUAUAACACAUAUCCUUCGCCAAACAAUUACGAUUCCAAUCAACCUAAUAACCAGACAACCCAGCCGAAAACCGAAGUAAAACCAAUCUAAGUCCUAACCAACCCCCCCGAAUUCCUAGCACCUACCCAUGACCUGUCAAACCUACUACCAUUUAACCAAAUAAAUUUUUUUAAGCGCGGGCCAAUUAAGCAAUACGGAACCGACCAUGUCUAUGUAACGCGAGACGCGUGAAGUAUUUCUAUAUUCAUAUACGGAUGGUUAAAACAAGGAAUCGAAAUUUUAUUGAUUGACACGGGAUUUGACAUAAAUUUAUUAAGAGGUGAGAUGCAGUCAGAGCCGUGAAAAAAAGAGGAUUUUUAAUAAUUUUUCUUUUUUUAUAAUAAUUAAGUUUAUUAUAUAAAACUGAUUACGCAGAGUUUCUAUAUUAUCUUUCAACUUGACUUCUGCAACAUUUAAAAAAAAAAUUAAUUAUUUAUAAAAAUAUCGUCAUAUCUUUGUCGGAUCCCGUUCAGCAAGUAGUGCUUUGCGG